AUGGAGGUACGUCACUCGCCGUGGAAGUCGAAGAAAGCGUCCUCUGGCAACGGGGGUCUCCAUGGAGAUGUUGAACCCAGAUCUGACACAGACCAGAAACAGCUUUGCCACCCUGGAUCCAGAGGUUCCGGCGCCUUGUUCCUUGGGGGCCCCGAUUCAAAUCGGAUCCGGAGAUCCUCGGAGCUCCCACCCUCAUCAGACCGUGAGGCUGCUGCCAUCAUAGGCAGCUCUAUGGUGCAUGAGGUUGAAGCUGAACAAAGAUGUGGAGGUGAUGCUAUUAAAGUUGUCUGCAAAUAUGAGAGAAGAGUCAAGGAGUUCACCUACCAGAAGAAUAAGAAGUAUGUGAACAGGCUCCAGGAUCUGGUGGACAAGCUCCAGCUCAAAGUGAAGGCCUACAAGAGACAAGCUGAGGAGGCUGAGGUGCAGGCCAACACUCACCUGUCCAGGUUCAGGAAGGUGCACCAUGAGCUGGAGGAAGCUCAGGAGCGUGCUGACAUCGCUGAGUCCCAGGUCAACAAGCUGUGA